GGGUCUUUUGAAGAUUAAACAAGAUGACUAAAAAGUUAAUGAUGGUAGGUCGAUCAUGGCUGCUUUCAUCCCACUUUCGGUAGCCGACUUCUACUUCCUACCUCGCUUUCUUUCAAACUUCGGAUUUUUAUUGGGUUUCUUUCACACACACAUAUAAACACUGCAAAUUUCUUCUUAAUCCCUGCUCAUAAUCUUGAAUCUAAACAAGAUCCAAUUAAUCUUCACUGUGCUGUCUUUAUCAGUUUAUUUCAAGAUUCUUGAUCUGUUAUUAGGCUGGAAAGAAAUCAGCAAGCAUAUUCUGAAAUGGGUCUGAAGAAUAAUAACUCAUCAUCUUUACAGUCACCCAAUAAUUAUUUCCACAGGCUUUCAAAGGCUUUACAGUUUGCAGUUUCUGAAUGGCUGCUCAUGUUUUUGUUAUUCAUUGAUGCAUGUUUCACUUACUUGAUUGCAAAAUUUGCAUCUUACUCUCAGCUUCAAGGUCCAUGUGUAUUAUGCUCAAGAUAUGAUCAUGUUCUUGCAAAGGACAAAACAGGAAUUUACUGGGAUUCAUUCUGUAAUCAUCAUAAGUCUGAGAUUUCAUCUCUGGUUAUUACUUCCCAUGUUAACGGAAUAUGUGAAAAUUGUCUAGUGAACAACAACAGGUUCAACGAUGAAACUUUUCGGUUACAAAAUCAUGAUUCUUCGGGUUCGAGAAUCUGUUUUUGUUGCAAUGAACAAUAUGGUUCAAGAGACCAUGUGAAAAACUUGCUUCCUACUAAUUCGUUACAUUCACAUGCUUCUGAAUCGUUGAUUACAAACGCUGAGCAUGCUAAGAAUGAAAAGAACAUUUUUGUGGACGAAUCUCUCGAAUCUUGUAUUUCUAUUCAUAGUGAAAAGAAUCUAACUGCUCGUUCAUCGGAGGUUGAAUAUCCGAAAGAUGAUGAUGUUAAUGCCGGCAAUGUAUUAGAGCUCCCGGUUCCUGAUAUUGUUCCUGAUAUUAUUCCGGAGGUUCAUUUGAAGGCUGAUUCGCAUUUUGAAUUUUCCGAUAUUCACAACGAUUCUGCUACUGUCGCAACACGUGAUAUAGAUGAAGUUAAAUGUCAGAAUGAUGAAAUUAAGGAAGCUAUAUCUCCGAUUAAUGAACCGGUCUCCUUUGAUGAGGUUUCGUCAUCGAGCAAUGCCAAAAUUCCUGCUGAUGACUUUCUAGAGACAAUCAAUCCUCCAAUAACCAAUGAAGUGAUCAAAGACCCUGCAACUACAAACGGUCACCAAAUAUCAAACCAAUUAGAUCUCGGUGAUGCGUAUAAGCUUGCUAUAGGCACCAAAGGAAGACAACUCUCCGGGAAGCUUCUAGACCUGAAAUCAUUCAAUAAUUCUUCAGCGAGAAUCGGUGAAGACUUAAAGAUAUUAUUAUCACACAGAUCUAACGACAGUCUAAUAAGCCCCAAGUUAUCUUUUAACAGCGAUGAAUUAACGGGUUUGCAGUUACUUCAAAGAAGAAUCUCUUUGGAAAGAAACGAGUCUAAUAUUUCGUUAGACGGUAGUAUUGUGAGCGAAAUUGAAGGGGAAUCUGUGGUUGAUAGAUUACGAAGACAAGUUGAACACGAUAAGAAACUUAUGGGUGUUUUAUAUCAAGAGUUGGAAGAAGAACGAAACGCAUCGGCUGUUGCUACGAAUCAAGCAAUGGCUAUGAUCACUCGGUUACAAGAGGAAAAGGCUGCACUUUAUACGGAAGCUUUACAAUCUUUAAGGAUGAUGGAAGAACAAGCGGAGUAUGAUAAUGAAGCGUUACAAAAAGCGAAUGAUAUUAUUGAAGAAAAAGAUAAACAGAUUCGAGAGUUGGAAGAGUUACUUAGAAAGACGUCUGAAGAUGUUAGAGAAUGAACCCGUAAUAUUAUUCUUGAAGGUAAAUUUCUAUAAUCUUACUAAUUUAACCGUUGAUGGUUUUACUGUGGCUGCAUAAAAGGGAAUAUAGAUUGGAUUUAUACAUGAUGUUGUACAGUUUUGAUGAGGUUUUCUUAAGGCUUGGUUAUAUAAAGUUCAGUAUGUUGUGUGUGCGUGUGCACGUGUGAGUGUGAUUUUUAAAUUUUUUUUUUAUACGGUUUUGUGGUUAGUGUUUAGAAGCAUUUAUAGACAAUAAUGGCUUCAAGAUGUAUACUUAUACCCUUAUGUUUAAGUUACUUAAAGUUAAUGAAUAAGUUUGAUUCUUUAAA